ACAAGGCGGGAACGGGCGGACGAACGUCUCCUCGCGCCUGGCCCCGCGGCUGCGCGCCCGAAGGCUCCCUCAGCGCCCGCCGGGAUGGCGCGGCUGGUGGCACCGCCGCCUCGGCAGGUGAUGGCUGCUGCCAUUGAGUCUGCAAGCUUUGAGGAGGAACAGCUUCCUAAUAAGAGAGAAAGUAUGAUCUGGAAGCCCAGAAAAGAAUGUUUGCUGAAGAACAUUCCAAAUGUCCUUGAUAGUGAGCCUGAAGAAAGUGAAUUCUCUGAUAUCUCUCAAAAUGAGAAUGAUGUUAGUGGCUCUCCUGUUGACUGUGUCCGUAUACAUUCUGACCUGGAAGACUUAGAUGAUGAUGUCUCCGGUAUGCCUGAGGCUGUAACUUUUCUAGAGCUGCAGACUGCUUCUGUGUACAAAAUAGAGGAGGACUGGGAUAAAGAACUGGAGGAAUCUGAAUGUAAUCCUUAUGAUGCUGGUGAUCUCUACUGUGGAAGCUUUCAGGAAAAUAAUCUUUUGACCUCAUACUCAUGGCGAGAGGAUUUGUUUUACAACCCCAGCUGUCACCAUGCAGCUUGCGUUGCUUUUACACCACCAGUUAGAAUGACUGAGCCUGGCCAGUUUGAUGAUGCUGAUGAAUGAGGUUGACCCUGGUCAGAACUAAGUUUGGCUUCUGAGUUGGAUUAUGUUCUUCACUGGUUGAAUCGUUUCAAGUCCUUUGGCUUGCUUGCAGACUUCUGCAUAAGGCCAGAAACGCUACACCAUCUCCCAAGUUUUGCUUAGACCACUACUGAGCUGCUUAUAAAUUGACCAUGUUUGACCUCUGGAAAUGAGAGUGCAGGUGCUAGCUGUAAGGAGUCAAUACAUUUCUGGACUUUUUGUUUCUAUUAUAUAGAUUUAUAUUGUUGCUAACGAAUUGCUUGAGAGGAAGUAUUUAACUUCUAAACUUCAGCUUGUUUGCCAAGCUUUGCCGGUUUUGACAUGCUGAUCCUUGUGUGUCUAUGUCAUUUUUAGUUUUCUUUCCUUUUCAUUUGAUGCUGUCAAAUUGGUUCACAAAGCUUUAAAAACUCUUCUUCCUUCCAGCUUCUCUGUUGUAUUUCUAUGUUGCAGUUUGUGAUUCCAGAUCUAAUACUGGUGUUUAACAAAAUUAGCCAUGACAAAUACG